AUGGCGCGGCCACGGCCCGGGCGGCAGCUGCGCCUGGGGCCAGGGCCGCCGCUGCGGCUGCUCCUGCUUCUGGGCGUCCUCCUGCUGCGUGGUGGAGCGGCAGCGGCCGAGCCGUGCCAGGCGCCGCGGCAGUGGGAAGGGCGUACCGUGUUCUACGAGCAUGGCUCAGGCCGCAAUACGCGGGCCGCUGUCUCCUACGACGGCCCCAACCAGCGCCUCCGCGUCCUGGAGGAGAGGAAGGCGCUUAUCCCCUGCAAGAAGUUCUUUGAGUAUAUAUUGCUCUACAAAGAUGCAGUGAUGUUUCAGAUUGAACAAGUUACAAAGCUUUGCUCAAAGAUUCCUCUGACAGAGCCAUGGGAUCCAUAUGAUAUUCCUGCCAAUUCAACGUAUGAAGAUCAGUACUACAUUGGGGGACCUGGAGAUGAAGUUAUGGUACAGGAAUGGUCUGACAGAAAACCAGCCAGGAAAUUGGAAUCCUGGGUUGGCAUUUACACCGUCAAAGACUGUUACCCAGUACAGGAAACCUACACCAAGAACUACAGUGUGACAACCUCCACUCGCUUCUUUGACAUCCAUCCGGGCAUUGUAGACCCCUCCAUCUUCACCCCACCCAGCACCUGCCAGACAGCCCAGCUGACAAGGAUGAAAGAUGAAUGCUGAUUAUGGACACUGGCUGCCCUGUGCAAACACAUAUUAGCCAAGAGGAUGGUUAUUAGUAGUCAGUUGUUGACGUCUAAGCUGAUUUUUCAAGCUAAUUGUUGCUCUUUUUGGAAUUUUUGUUAAGUUUUGAGAACAAACUUGAGAGACAACAUAAGCAUAUAACUGAGUAAAAUAUAUAAAACAAAAGAUACCUUUCAGUCACAUUAAUCUGCUCAGUGAUGCAUUUGCCAUAUUAUAUAGUUACCAAUAAGAUAAUAUUUCUAUAUACUAUUUAUUUAAGGUUGGUUUUUCCUUUUGCAAAGAUUUCAUUUAUUUUUUCAAGAACACAAAGCAUAAGCAGACAGCAGCAAUGGUACUGUCUAGAAGAAAAAGCUAAAUUUUGAUGUCAUUUUUAUUGUUGCUCUUGGAAACUUGAAAAGAAAGGUGACCUGUGUAAAACCUCAUCCCUAAGUAAAAAAUAUAAUUUUUAAUGAUACGCAUCAAAA